UGUACGGUGCAAUUAAGGUUUUGGAGGCGGGCAGUGAAGAUGGCGGGCCCGGGUCUGGUGGCCGGCGAAGUAGGUGCUCUUCCGUAUUUCGAUCAAGGCUAUGAGGCGCCGGGCGUGCGGGAGGCGGCCGCGGCGCUGGUGGAGGAGGAGACGCGGCGUUAUCGGCCCACCAAGAACUACUUGAGUUACCUGUCUGCGCCAGACUACAGCGCGUUUGAGACUGAAAUAAUGCGAAAUGAGUUUGAACGCCUAGCAGCCCGACAGCCCUUGGAGCUGCUGAGCAUGAAAAGGUAUGAACUGCCUGCUCCCUCCUCUGGGCAGAAGAAUGAUAUCACAGCAUGGCAGGAAUGUGUUAAUAACUCAAUGGCUCAGCUGGAGCAUCAGGCAGUUCGAAUUGAGAACUUGGAAUUGAUGUCUCAGUAUGGCUGCAAUGCCUGGAAAGUGUAUAAUGAACAUCUAGUUCACAUGAUUGAACAGGCACAAAAGGAGCUGCAGAGUUUGAGAAAACACAUUCAGGACCUGAACUGGCAGCGGAAGAAUAUGCAACUCACUGCCGGUGCUAAACUUAGGGAGAUGGAAUCUACGUGGGUGUCUCUGGUCAGUAAAAAUUAUGAGAUUGAACGAACCAUUGUACAGCUGGAAAAUGAAAUCUCUCAAAUUAAGCAACAACAUGGAGAAGCAAACAAAGAAAAUAUUCAACAGGACUUCUGAGACUUUUCUUGGCCUUCUGUUACCAGCAUGGAAAAUUUGCUUGAAAUAAACACGUGAUAUAGAUACUAAUUUCUGUGUCCAUAGUGAUAGGUAAAUGCUCUGUGUUAGCUGUUCCUUGGGCUUUACAAAACUGACUACAGGAAGCAGAAUUAUUCCCUGGAAGACUUAAAACUAGACUCAUAGCCUCCAUUUUCUGGCAUGAACAAGCUGUCUUUUUGGAACAGACAUUAAUUGUUGGAUUUUUUAAAAAUAUCUGAAAAUAAACAUUUUGCAACUUCAGCUUCUGGUAAGAACAAAGUAUUACUACUAAUUAAAGUAAUUAUGACAUUGUAUCUACUGCCAACUUAAUUGAUGGAAGGGAAUGCAAGCCUUGAAGUGUUACAAGGCUCACAUCAGAAUCAGAUUUAAAAAGGGAAGAUGUGGUAAUGGCUUUUAGUCAGGAUGGUAAACGUAAUUGUAAUUUAUGAUCUUCACAAAUAUGCAGAUCACUCAAGCAAAUAUUUGUCAUCGUGGGUUUCUGGAUAGCUGUGUGAAAUAAGAGCCAACUGAAAAUACUUUAGUGAUUCUUCAUACAUUCUUAUGCAUUUAUGAAGAGGCCUUGCUUUGAUUUCUGGAAUCCAGGAUAUUUACUAACCUGAGUGCCUAUUUUCAUGAUCCCUUUCAUACGGUAGCUGCUUCAUGUCCUCCUAGCAAGCAGCUGUAAGCAGAAUUUGUCUUAUUGGGAGUUGAUGGGUGUCAGGUUUUGCUCUUUUCUGAGACUGUAUAUGUUGCACCUGUAAAGGUGCCUCUCUGUAGUGUUCUGGGUGAUGUGUAUUAUGCUGCCUUCUUGCCUUCCUUAGUGUUUCCUCCUUAAUUUCACUGCCACCCAAAGGCUCUUGACUUAGAAUUCUUAGUUGGACCCAAAGAACAGGACGGCUUAACCAUAUUUGAUAGAAUGACAGAAUGGUCAGCACAUGGUAGUGGCUCUGAGAUAAAAGGUGAUCCUUUACUCUAAAUAAAGCAGUUUUAUCUUAAACAUAGUUUAUUUAGUAGUCUAACAGUGUAAUGGUUUCAGAUAGGUACAGUUCUUCGCUAACGUUCAUUAAAUUUCCCUUGCCUCUUAGGUGAAUAACUUCCAGAAUUAACACAGAUUUCUUUCACAGCACCUCAUUAUUCACCCACUCAACUCCCCCUGCCACUCUCUCUACAAACAAGUCAACUUUGCCCUCUAGUGUACUUUGCCCUCUUAACACUUCAAUCACCCACCCAGCCCCCCUCUCUUUGUCACUCUAGAGGCCUACAUUUUAACCAACAGCAACAGACAUAUAAAACCCCACAUUAAAUCACAGAAAUAAAACACAAAAUUUUUACAUAACAAAACACGACAAUGGGCUUGUGGAACUAUGUGUUGAUUUGUAGCAUGACCCUGUAGUGGUGGGCAUUCAUAGUGCUGUGCUUUAGAUCAAUUUAUGUGCUUCAGGUGGUUUAGAAUUAGAACUUUUUGGCCUUUUACCCUGGGAAUUAUAAUAGAAUGCGAGUAUUGAGAAUAUCACAAACCGAAAGAUCACUGGAAACCAAUAUAAAACAGUGGUGGAAUUCUUAAAUGCCAAACUAUCAACUCGCUGUGCCAAAUGCACAGUCUUACCAAUGAACGAAUAUAUUACAUGAAAACAGAACUGUCCCUGUGAAGGCUAUAUUACCUACCUACUGCACUGGGCCAAGGUACAGAAAAGGGAGUUCAUGUAUCAAUAAAUAAGAUGUUUGCUCACAUUACUAUGUAAUAAGCUUAUUCUCCCAUUUCAAGAAUGGCUUGAUAAAAGCAAGACUUGUCACAUUCUUCGUUGCUGCUUUGUGGAACAUAAGUCUUCUCAUGGAGCCAGUAGGAUCUACUUAAAUGAUUCAACUCUCAUUAAUUCGGUCUUUAAGUCCUUGCUGGCAGCAGGUGUAUUGGCAACAAUGGGCUGGGAAUGGAUUGAUAAGUAAAGUUGGUAUAAAGGAGAGUCAACUGACUGAGUAGGUUUAGGCACGGCUUUGCCUAAACUUGAAGGGACUAAAAGAUCAAAAGGGCAUCAGUUCCAAAUAAUAGAAAAUACUCUAAAUGGGAGCAGAAUUGUAAAAGACCUAGAAGUGGAGGUGUGUGGGGGGUGAGUAAGUAAGUAAAUUUAUUACAGUCAUUGACUAGUACACAG